GACCGGUACUUUGGACCAGAUGUAAACUUCUACCACCUCCUACAGGGAGCAGACAUCUGGCUGAUGAGGGUGGACUUUGACUUUGAAUUCCCCAGACCCACCAUGCCCAACAUCAUCUACAUUGGUGGCUUUCAGUGUAAACCUUCUAAACCUCUGCCACCUGACCUGGAGGAGUUUGUCCAAAGUUCUGGAGAACAUGGAUUCAUCCUGAUGUCUCUUGGUACUCUGGUGAGAGGUCUACCUGUGGAGAUCACCUCUGAAAUCGCUGCUGCUUUCGCCCAGAUUCCUCAGAAGGUCAUAUGGAAGCACGUUGGUGAGCGUCCCAAAAAUCUGGCCAACAACACUCUGCUGGUGGACUGGAUGCCUCAGAACGACCUUCUGGGUCACCCCAAAAUCAAGGCCUUUGUGGCUCAUGGUGGAACUAACGGGAUCUACGAGGCCAUCUACCACGGUGUUCCAGUGUUAGGUCUCCCUCUGCUGUUUGACCAGUUUGAAAAUGUCCUGAGGUUGGAAACACGAGGAGCUGCUAAGGUGGUGGAUGCGGCUAGAAUCAGUAGUCAGAACUUUCUGGAGGCAGUAAAAGAAGUUCUUGAAAAUCCCUCCUACAGGACCAACAUGAAGCAGCUGUCUGACCUCCAUCUGGACAAACCCAUGCAUCCUCUGGACACUGCCAUCUUCUGGACAGAGUUUGUCAUGAGACACAAAGGGGCUUCACAUCUACGCACCCAGUCCUACAAGAUGCCCUGGUUCUCCUACUACUCUGUGGACGUGCUGUGUUUUGUGUUAGCAGUCCUGCUGCUG